AUCCUGACGUUUCCGCUCACUUGCGAACAUCAGCACUUGUGGGCAGAGCUUCGGAAGAUCCUAGAGUUCCGCCCAACCAGGGUUUGAACACGCCUCUGCAGACAAACACUUCCGGGAAGCCUCUGUGUUGACCCUGCCGGGCCCAACAGAGUCCACAUAAGCCCAGCAGAGAGAGCACCAGGCAAUGGACGGCCGGGUGCAGCUGAUAAAGGCCCUUCUGGCCCUACCCAUCCGGCCUGCAGUGCGUCGCUGGAGGAACCCGAUUCCCUUUCCCGAGAUGUUUGACGGCGACACCGACCGGCUCCCCGAGUUCAUCGUGCAGACCGGCUCCUACAUGUUCGUGGACGACAAGACCUUCUCCAGCGACGCCCUGAAGGUGACGUUCCUCAUCACCCGCCUCAAGGGCCCGGCCCUGCAGUGGGUGAUCCCCUACAUCGAGAAGGCCAGCCCCCUCCUCACCGAUUACCGCGGCUUCCUGGCCGAGAUGAAGCGGGUGUUUGGAUGGGAGGAGGAUGAGGACUUCUAGGCCACCAGACCCUCGGGCCUGGGGCGGGUGCUAGGGGAGGGUGGGCUAUGAUGCGACCGCACCAGUCCUCAAAGGCUCGCUCCUGCCGUGCCUCCUUCCCCCGCUGGAAUAGCCUGUGUGCUCCUGUCCCCUCCUGCAUAGUGCUUGCCUUUGUUCCAGGAAGAGGGAGUGCUCCAGGCUGCCUCUGUGCUACUGUGGCCCUGGGGCCUGGCCCUGGAGCCCACCACCUCCCCUUGCUGCCAGCUCAGCCCCUCCCAUGCACACUUGGAUGAUGUCCUGGGCUCCAGCAACAAGCUGGGCACCCUUUACUAACUGGACAGACCACCCACAGCCAGCCGCCGCCAACUGCCUCCUGCCACAUCAACAGACUGCAUCAAUCUGCUCACAUGCUUGUCCUGCCGCCAUCACCGUCCACUGCAUUCGCCCACUGCUGCUCUUAGUGAUCUGGACUCAUGUCGGAGGUACCUGAGCUGAACACACCCUGGGAACAUUGCUUGAGACAGCUGGCCAUUCUCUGAAGAGGCCAGACAGCUUUCAUCUACAGUGGGAUCCUUUCCCUCCCUUAUCCCAGAGACCUCUUGUCACUCAUUUUCUCCUGUGGACCAAUUAGUUUGCCUAGAGUCCAGUUUCUUUUGAAUUUGCAAUUGUUUCUCUGAUGUGCUUUUUAAAUUCAUCAUACUAAUCUCUGUACUCUAUCCAGUUGUUUUAAAUUACCUUUUCAAAAGUCUUUCAUUACUUCCAAUAAAUAUCAGGCACUAUUGAAAUUUGA